AUCCUCUUCGUCUAGCGUGCCAUAACCUUUGAAUGUAUGGUUGAUUUUGUAUAUAAUACUCAGAAAAUAAUUUGAGGCAAAUAAAUUCAUAAGAAAAAGUACAAUAGUAAAUGUGCUAGAUCACUUUUUUACAAAGUCUAGUGAUAAAUGUGCUAAAAAAGACUCUAAAAAGAGAAAACAAUUACAGUUACUCAUGGUUGCAUAUCUUGUUUCUGUUUAUAUAAUUAAAAUGAUCACUGUAAUUGAAAGACUUGAAUGAAUAAAUGUCCAACACACACAAAGAGAAAUUGCUAAUUAAUCUAUAUAUAAUAUAGUGUAAUUUUUAUAUCAUUAUUUAAAUAAGAAAAUUGUACAAUAUUAGUUUGCAUCAUGACAUUUGUCGAAUAUAUACAAGCUUUAUCCGACAAUCCUUAUUUUGGUGCUGGCUUUGGUCUUUUUGGACUUGGGGCUGGAGCUGCUUUGUUAAGAAAAGGAGCACAGUUUGGAGCUGUGCUAUUCAGACGGCAUUAUAUGAUCACUCUGGAAGUGCCAUGUCGUGAUAAAAGCUAUCAGUGGCUUCUGCAAUGGAUCACACAUAAAGGUGCAAGAAAGACGCAACAUCUCUCUGUGGAAACUAGCUUUGAACUGAAAGAAACUGGUCACGUGAAAACCAAAUAUGAUUUUAUUCCAAGUAUAGGAACUCAUUUCUUCAGAUAUAAGGGGAAUUGGAUAAAGGUUGAAAGAACAAGGGAGCAACAGACUUUAGAUCUACACAUGGGUAUACCAUGGGAAACUGUACAGUUGACAGCAUUUGGCAAAGACAAAAGCAUAUACUUUAGUAUUCUUGAAGAAGCCAGACAGAUGGCUUUGAAAGAGCACGAGGGAAAAACUAUAAUGUACACUGCCAUGGGAAGUGAGUGGCGGCAGUUUGGACAUGCCAAGAAGAAGAGACCAUUGGAAUCUGUCGUUUUGGAUACCGGCGUUUCUGAGAGAAUAAUAAGCGAUUGUCGGGAAUUCAUUGAUAAUCCAUCAUGGUACAGUGAAAGAGGAAUUCCGUAUCGCCGAGGUUAUUUGUUACAUGGACCUCCAGGAUGUGGAAAGUCUUCAUACAUUACCGCGCUAGCCGGGGAAUUAGAACGCGGUAUAUGCGUUUUAAAUUUAUCUGAGAGAGGUCUAACGGAUGACAGAUUAAAUCACUUAUUAGCAGUGGCUCCACAGCAGACUAUUAUCCUGCUUGAGGAUAUUGAUGCUGCUUUUAGCAGCAGAGAAGAAUCUAAGGAAGUUAAAGCAGCAUAUGAUGGUCUCAAUAGAGUAACAUUUAGCGGUUUAUUAAACUGCUUGGAUGGUGUAGCUUCCACAGAAGCUAGAAUAUUAUUUAUGACAACUAAUUAUUUAGACAGAUUAGAUCCUGCACUUAUUAGGCCAGGCAGAGUAGAUGUCAAAGAAUACAUUGGUUGGUGUAGCAUAAAUCAAAUUGAACAAAUGUUUUUACGAUUUUACAAGGAACCAGGUAAGGAUCCUGAUGAGCUUGCAAAAAAAUUUGCGGAGAACGUUAUGUCUUUUAAAAGAAAUGUUAGUCCAGCUCAGAUUCAGGGAUACUUUAUGUUCCAUAAAAAUAAUCCCGAAGCGGUCAUAAAUAACGUUACUCAAAUUUGGGAACUCACAUGAUAAAAAAAUGAAAACUGUAGCUAUAUUUCAAAGUAAAGGUACAUAUUAACUAAGGUAUAUGUGGAUUUUUUAAUAUCCCCUUUCUGUACAAAGAUACUUUAUUAUUCAUAAAGACCAGCAAAGUACAGUAUUCAGAGUAGAUAGUAAUCAUUUCUUUUUCUUUUAUGAAACAAAUAUAAAAUGAAUAAAGAUCUCAAUAAGAACAUUAUUGGAAAUAUUUCUGUUAACUUUAUAGUAUUUAUUGUGAUGUGUUACAAAAUUAAUAGAAAUAUUUUCAACAAGCUAGAUUGUGUGAUGUGUAUGUGUGUGUAUGUCACGCAUUGUGAAAAACGCGAUAUAUAUUUACUUAUAAAAUGUGAAUGUACAUAAUACUCUUUUGUAUGUUAUUGUAAAAUGAAAAUGAGAACAUUUGAAAUAUCAGACAAAAUCUUUCUACAAUA